CGCGCUUGACUAGUGUCAGAUCGGAACGCAGGCUGCAAGGAGCAAACCACUAUAGAGCAGCCUUUGCCAUGUAACAGCGCACUGCAGUUUACAGGAUAUUAAUUAACGAACGUCGCGGCAGCCUUUCUACUGGUGAUAACAUUUACCUGAUUAUCAUCCUGAUAAAGAUUAACAAUGCACUGACCACAAGAUUGGCCAUAGUUCCUGAGAGACCAGGCAGUUGACCUUUCUGGGGAUAUGCAGAUGAACAGCCCUUCACUCUGACUGAGGAUUCCAGCAGCAUCCAUGAAGCAUUUUUCUGAUUGGUCUGUGGCCUGUUUUAUUUGCGGAGUGUUUGUUUGAGCUCUGUAAGUAGUUCUUUAAAUGGUCAUGGCGAAGAGGGCUCAGUCCCUUAAUCUGUCCUUCCUCCUGGAGCACGAAAGGCAGAUGAUCCUCAGUGUCCUCCAGAAAGACGAGAAGCUCAGAAAACGAGAGGAGAAACGCAUCAGGAAAUUGAAAAAUGAUCUUGUGGAGCUAAAGCGAGCCGGGCGGCAUAGUUCGGUGGAUCAGCGUGAGUGUGCUGUAUGUUUGCGUGCUCUGGGUCUGAUCCUGCAUAGGGGGAAUGUGUGUACCAACUGUCAUCGUCGCGUCUGCAACUUCUGUACUGCUACGCCUCCAGGCAGAAACCAGUGCAAAUGCACUGUGUGUGCAAAGACUGCGGAGCUGAAGGUAGUUACGGGGGAAUGGUUUCUGGAAGAGAGAUCCAAAAGGUUUCAACAUGCCAGUGUUCCCAGCAGUGAUGUAGUCAAACAGUCUAUCCUCAGCAGUCCUCUAGAUGGAGGCUCCGCCCACAGAACACCUCCUCCAUCAGAGCUGGAGACAUCAGCCACGCCCAGGUCUGAGAAAUCAGCCUCGCCCCAAUCCCAGAAAAGCACAUGGAAGGACAGAAAAGGCAAAAGAGCAGUCGCAGUGGAAUCUUCAGGGUUACCAACAAUACCCAAUAACAUGCGAGCAGAAAUGGCCAAAACACUGACCCAAACAGAGGCAAGAAUCAGGCCGGAUGGGGCAGAGAGCGUGUCUAGUAUACAAAGUAGUGACAGUGCUCCUGAGAAGAUAGCCGAUGGGCGGAGACAAACAGAUUUUAGCACACCCUCCAUCGCCAUAUCCAGAGCCUCCCUCUCAUCAGACCGCAGUCGCUCAGAGGUUGACCUCAGUAAUGCCGUGGAGGGGAUUAGUGAAGGCUCAUUGAUUAGCUGGUGCCGCUCAGUUCCGGGACUGAAUGAUGGGGACUCGGAUGAGGACAUUGAUUCUUUGUUAUCAGCCCAAUACAAAACCAACCGGAGCGUCUGCAGUGCGCAAUCAAUGUCUUCUACACCUGCCUCGGAAAGAAACUGGGGUUUCCUUAAUGUCCCUGACUCAGAUGCUGAUACUACCAGCAUCAACAGUAUGACGAGUGUGUACAGUGAGACAGGGGACUAUGGCAGCGUGCGGGUUUCUGGGGAGAUCCUGCUCAACAUUUCCUACUGCUAUAAAACAGGAGCACUCAACGUGCUAGUCUGUGAGUGCCGCUGCCUAGCAACCGGAGAUGAGAGGAGACAGCGCACAGAUUCCUAUGUUAAAACCUAUCUCCUGCCAGACAAAUCCCGUCAAAGCAAGAGGAAAACCAGCAUCAAAAACAACACCACUAACCCAGUGUUUAAUGAAAAGCUGAGGUAUGUGGUCAGUCACUCUCAGCUGGAGACACGCACACUGCAGGUGUCUGUUUGGCAUCAUGAUCGCUUUGGACACAAUAAGUUCCUGGGGGAGACAGAGCUCACAUUUGACUCCUGGGAGUUUGACAAUCAGAUUGAGGAGUGGUUCGCCCUGCAGCCCAGGAAUGAGUCUUGUGAAGAUUCAGUGAUGCAUUAUAAAGGGGAACUGACGGUGGUUUUGAAGUACAUUCCUGCAGAGAGAAAUGUCUCCCUUCCUCUGGACCAAGUGCAAGUGAAGAAGGGUUUUCUGAAAGGAAAGAAGAAGACCAUCACUCUUCCUAAUGGAGGAAUGGUGGAGCUGCUGGUGAAAGAGGCCAAAAACCUGACGGCCGUCAAAGGAGGGUCUUCUGAUUCGUUUGUCAAAGGAUACCUGCUGCCUGAUGACAAGAAAAGCACAAAGCACAAGACAGCUGUGGUGAAGCGCACAGUGAACCCUCACUGGAAUCACACCUUCACAUACUGUGGCCUGCAGCACAGCGAUCUAGACAGCGUAUGUCUGGAACUGACCGUGUGGGACAGAGAACCAUUCACCAGCAAUGUCUUCCUAGGUGGGGUGCGUCUUGGCGCAGGGACAGGUCUGAGUUAUGGGAAGGAAGUUGAUUGGAACGAUUCCUAUGGAGAUGAGCAGAGGCUAUGGCGGCGCAUGGUUGACAACCCCGAAGUCCCGCAAGAGUGCACACUGAUGCUGCGAUCCAGCAUGGCCAAGAGAAAGACAUAGAGAAAAAGAUACAAAAAAAAAAAAAAAAUGAAGAAGAGGGUGUUUCCUUUGAAAUUCUGAUCUCCUCUAGCCACUUUCAUGUGCCCUUUAUGUGCUUUGGUGUUACCCACAUGCCCAUUCUAAUGUGCAUCUGCACGCUAAAUUCUUCGAACACAUGUGUUACAUAGAAAUGUACACGCAUUAAAGCCUGUAACAUACUCGACUCAAACCCAGGUGUGACAGGCAACUGUGUGUUAGACACUCAAAAACAUAUAAACAUUGGCAAUAACUGUGAAUAGCACAUGAGAACUAAAAAGAGCACAGUGAACAUUACUGUAUCAACAAUCCAAGAUCAAAUUUUGUCCACAAAGAACAAAGCACAAAGCACUUCCUCUGCAAAAACUGAAAAAUAAAAUAUUAAAUUUAAUUUGCAAAAAUAGAGCUUAAAAUCCAGAAGAAUCCAGAAGAACAUUUUUGAGUCGUGGGUUCCCUCUGGAAUUUCCAAUGGAUUUUUUUUUAAUUAUUGUAAUAAAAAUGUACUGUUAGUAUUAGUUAUUGUUAAUGUUUUUUUUACUAUACAGCAGGGGUGUAAAAAGCACUCAGAAAUUAUACUUAAGUGAAUGUAUGGAUACUGAGUGAAAAUUGUACUCAAUUAAAAGUCCAAGUAUCUAGCCAAAAUAUACAAGUAUUCACAUUAAAUUGUACUUCAGUAAUAAAAAAGUAAAAAGCAACUUUUCCUAGUUAGAAUGAAAUUAAGAGAGGAGAUUACGCAAGAGAGGAUGUUGUUAAAUUCGAUUGGUUUGAAAGUCGCCUUUUUACUGUCUCUGACGACUUCUCCCCCAGUGGCAUUCGCAACCUGGUCAAAGAAUUGUUACAAUAACAACAUUUUUGCAAAAAUUAUUUUUAUGUGGUCUGUUGUACGUAACACGGCAAUUUCCUGGUGGAAUGUACACUAGAGGUGCUAAAACAACGACUUUUAUCCCCUUUCACUCAAAUCACGAGUAAAACGGCAGAUUGUCAUUUCAUAAACACUUACUUUUUGCUCUGUUCCUCACAUAAUGCAAUCUUAUGACAUAUAACACCUUAACUAUUGCACAUGACUAAUUUUAAUGUUUGCAUUACAUAACCAACUACAUUUACAAGCUUGUUUAAGUGUGAUCAAACUGCGUGGUAGCUCAACUGAUAGAGUGUUGCACUUUUGACAUAAAGAACUGGGGUAUGAGUCUUUUCGGGAUAAUAUUUCACUCACUUUAAGUGUCACACAGUGGACAUUUCACUUUGGAACUGGCGCAUUACAUGUAAUGAACCACAUAAUUUUAUUUAGCAAAAAUGUUGUCACAGUCACGCAUGGGAGAAGACACUCACGAAUUGUGAUGUCAGAGCACCCAGCUCCUUGAGACAUAGAGAAAGAUAAAAAAAAAAAUCAAAAUAAGCUUUGGAGAAAGUUAGUAAUGUUGUUGGUUUUGUGAAUUGUUUUCUGAGGUUUGCUACCAAACCUUGCUGUUGAGCAGAUGGAUGAAUUCAAUAUAAUUCAUAUUUAAUAUUAACUUAGAUUCCAUUAUUUUUAUUAUCAUUAUUAUCAUCAUUAUCAUUGCUGGUUUUAUAGUUAUUAUUAUAAUUAAUAGUUGCCUAACAACAACAAUAAUUCAGCAAAUAGGAAGUAAAAAUUCAUAGAUAUGAUUUAAAUAUGGCAAUUGUAGAAAUAAAUAACGUGCACAUUUAAUUACAAAAGACUUUUGUGUGUGUGUGUAUAUAUAUAUAUAUAUAUAUAUAUAUAUAUAUAUAUAUAUAUAUAUAUAUAUUUGCAACAUGAAUGAUAAUUUCUUACUUCUUAACUGUCCAGUCUGUAGAAGUAGCAUGUGUUUACAAUAGAGUUUAGGACAAAAACCGUCAGUGUUUCUCACUUCGUGCUCAUAAUUUUAAAUGAGUUCAUCACAUUCAGUCAGGCCGUCACAUACGGUCUAGUCGCACAAAUAUUUAAAUGUAUUAGAAGCUUAAAAUUCCGCCUCUGCAGAUGGUCAGAACUCCACACAGCCACCAUGCGUUUGUCGGAUGCAGUGAAAAUGCGGCUUCAGUCCAUUAAGUCGAAAGAAAAUUAUCUGCAAAAAUUUAGAGAAAUUAUCAAGUUUAAAUAAAAUUGUAAGGAGUAAAACGUACUAUUUUUUCUUUGGAAAUGUAAUUAAGUAAAAGUACAAGUAUUCCAUUUAAAUUUCACUCAAGUAAAGUACAAAACCAAAAAAUAAUACUUAAGGAUAAUACUUAAGUACUGUAUUUUUACUCAAUUACUUUACACCCCUGCUAUACAGUAUGUUAUAUAUUAAUUUUAAAAAAAUGAAAAAUUCUUCAAGAAAUGUUAACCUUACAGACCUUAUUUGACUUAUAGCGCAUUCAGAAACUAUUCAGACCCCUUCAUUUGUUUCAUAUUUUGUUAUGUUGCAGCCUUAUGUUAAAUGCUUUAAAUUAUCAUUUUUUUACAUCAAUCUACACUCCAUACCACAUAAUGACAAAGCAAAAAACAGAUUUUUUAUAACUUUGCAAAUGUAUUAAAGAGAAAAAAUUAAAAUAUCUCAUUGACAUAAGUAGUCAGACCCUGAACUCAGUACUUAGUUGAAGCACCUUUGAAUUACAGCCUCAAGUCAUUUCGGGUAUGAUGUGACAAGCUUGCACACCUGGAUUUGGGGACUUUCAUCCAUCCUUCUCUGCAGUUCCUCUCAAGCUCUGUCAGGUUUGAUGGGGACUGUUGGUGGACAGCCGUUUUAAGGUCUCUCCAGAGAUGUUCAAUUGGGUUCAAGUCCGGGCUCUGGCUGGGCCACUCAAAGACAUUCACAGAGUUGUCCCUAAGCCACUCUUGCGUUGUCUUGGCUGUGUGCUUAGGGUCAUUGUCCUGUUAGAAUGUAAACCUUCGGCCAAGUCUGAGGUCCUGAAUGUUCUGGACCAGGUUUACGUUAAGGAUAUCUCUGUAUUUUGCUGCAUUCAGCUUUCCUUCAACCCUGACCAGUCCCCCAGUCCCUGCCGCUGAUAAACACCCCUACAGCAUGAUGCUACCACCACCAUGCUUCACCGUUGAGAUGGUAUUGCACAGGUGAUGAGGAAUUGAGGAAUGGAAUUGAGGCCAAACAAUUCAAUGUUCAUUUUAUCAGACCAGAGAAUCUUGUUUCUCACAGUCUGAGGGUCAUUUAGGUGCAUUUUUAUGUGUCUUGCACUGAGGAGAGGCUUCCGUCUGGCCACUCUGCCAUAAAGCCCAGAUCGGUGGAGUGUUGCAGUGAUGGUUGUCCUUCUGCAAGUUUCUCCCAUCUCCACACAUGAUCUCUGGAGCUCAGCCAGAGUGACCAUCGGGUUCUUGGUCACCUCUAUUACCAAGGUCCUUCUACCCCAAUUGCUGAGUUUGGCCAGGCGGCCAGCUCUAGGAAGAGUCCUGGUUGUUCCAAACUUGUUCCAUUUAAGAGUUAUAGAGGCCACUGUGCUCUUGAAUGCAGCCAAAAUAGUUUUGUAGCCUUCCCCAGAUCUGUGCCUCGACACAAUCCUGUCUCUGAGCUCUGCAGGCAGUUACUUUGACCUCAUGACUUGGUUUUUGCUCUAAUAUGCAUUUUCAGCUGUGAGACCUUAUAUAGACAGGUGUGUGCCUUUCCAAAUCAUGUCCAAUCAAUUGAAUUUGCCACAGGUGGACUCCAAUCAAUGUGUAGAAAAAUCUCAAAGAUGAUCCAAAGAAAUGGGAUGCACCUGAGCUAAAUUUCAAGUGUCACAGCAAAGGGUCUGAAUAAUUUUGUCAAUGUGAUAUUUCAGGGUUUUUUUGUAAUAAAUUUGCAAAAUUAUCAAAAAUCAGGUUUUUGCUUUGUCAUUAUGUGGGAAAAAAAUAAUUUAAAGCAUUUUAACAUAAGGCUGCAACUUAUCAAAAUGUGAAAAAAUUAAGGGGUCUGAAUAUUUUCUGAAUGCACUGUAUAUAUUGAAAACCGCUAUUCUAAAAACCCUUUAUAUAUUCCUGAGAGAAAUCAUGCUGAAUUAGCCUUCUGGGUUAGUCUACAAAUUUACAUAAUGAGUGAACAGCUCCAUAGCAUCUGCACACAACCCUAGCACACAUAGCAAACUCAUGCAGAACAGCACAUUCUGGCUUUCUAUAAGCACAUGUAUACAGACAUGCACAAAAGUGUGAAGAUAUCCUGGUGUGUAAUUAUGUACUUUGGCUGAAGAGAGACUGGCUGUUAAAUUUCUAAGCUAGUCUUACGAAUCAAUGUGAAAAAGGUGUGACAGAACAUUUUAAUGGACACUGUGGUUCAUUACCUUAACUAGAUUUGCAGUUCCUCCAGAAAAUACCAGUGCUUGCAAUCGAGUAAAAGAAUAAUAUUUUUGGUAAAAUUGUAGAGCGAUUAACUCAUUUUCUCAUUUGACUUCACUUUCCAUUAACAAAACAUGUUACCUGGAUGUUUAAAAUAAAGAACAAUCACAAUUCAGCAUGCAGAUAUUACUAUGACAUCAUCGCUGGCAGUUAGAUGCUAUUGACAAAAAUUCAGACAAUGGUAGAUAGUCAAAGUUAAUGUUACAAAAUUUUGUAACAUUUAUAAUUUUAAAAAAGCCAAAAAAUACACAGCAGACCUAAAACUAAAAUAGUCUGCUAAAAAAGUAUGGAUAGUAGUUGGAGCUGAAUCUAUUGCAGAAAAAUGGAUAGAACAUGAAUGUAUGUAUUGGAAUCAUUAUACAUACAGUCAGGGGCGCAACUACACAUUUCCGAGUGGGUAUGCAAAACUACAGUUUGUGCCCCAUGUAUCUGUCAAGCUUGGGGGUGGGGGGGGUUGGGUGAUGACUGCACCACCUUUAGUGAGCCGCUGGCACUCCCCUAUGCAUUGCAUACCUUGCAUAUAUGUUUUUUGUGCCUCUGCAUACAGUGCUCGCAACGCACAUAUGUACAGUACAUAUGCGCAGGGACUAUAGAAGCACAACACCAAGAGUCCCAAUACUAAGCCUUAUGUUACUGUGAGGUCUCUAUGAAUAAUUUGUGCAUCCCCUCUUUGUACCCAUUACUGUUGUUAGAAUCAGUUACAAUCAAGUGUAAUAGACAUUAUAUGACAUUUUUAAAUAAAUAACAGGUGUGAUAACAUAUUUUGUGGCACGUAUUCGGCUUUAUCAAUGUCAAAGUGUGACCUCCAUGUGUUACUUGUUGUAAACAAUGUCCAGUAUUGUCAAAAGCAAGUUCAGUGUAUGUGUGCCAUUUCCACUCGCAUCAGGAAGACUGUGCUUAGGAUUACCAAACAUGUACUGUUCUGUACUGUACUUUAUCAUCUUCAGAAAUAGAAUAAAUAUUAUUUACUGU